GUUAGGGGUGGUUGGGUGUGAGAGCAGUGGCAAGUGUUAAGGGUGAGAACUUAAAUUUGAUUAUUCUUUUUAAAUUGUUGAUGUAAUUUAAACUAAUACAUAAUAACCAUAGCAGUGGCAAGUGUUAGGGGUGUUUGGAUUUGAGAGUUGAAUGGUUUUAAUUGGUAAUAGUGGUAAGUGAAUAAUAUUGAAAAGGAAAUGGUGGGUGUUUUGUUUUGGUUGUCAAGUUUUGAGAAAUAAUGAAAUCAGUUUAAGCUUCAUUUCAGGUAUUAUUUAUUUUUUCGCUUUUAUAGUUAUUCAUUAUUUAUUUAAUAUGAUCAGUGAUGAAGAAAAUCAAUUAGUUGUUGAUGAAAAUCCUGUCAAUGCAGAAGAUUUAUUUGGUGAAGAUCUUGAAACAUCUACUGCAAACAAGGAGGCAGGUGUCACAACAGCAGAGCAAAAAAAGAAGAGGAUUAUUAACAGACUCCCACCCCUUAAUCAAGCUUGGCUUUUAGAUGAAAAACAUGAAGGAAUUUCAAAAGUAAACAGUUAUUUUAAAGGAAUAAAACUUAAAUCUUCUCGCGGUCAUGAGCUUGCCAAUUUAAAAGUUAUUCUUAAGCGGUAUGAAUAUUGGGCACAGCAGUGCUAUCCGAAACUUUGUUUUCAAGAUUUUGUGGAAAAAGUUGAGAUGUUGAGUGGCAAAAAAGAAAUUAGAAACUUUUUGCAGCAAAAUCGAAACGAAAACCAAAAUACUCCUGAUUCUUUGCUUACAAACAAGUUGUCGCUUAGAACAGACAGCGAAAUUUUAUUUGGUGGAGACUCACCUCAGAAACUAAACCAACCUAUUGUAACACCUGAUGAAUCAUUUUUGAUAACCGAAGAUUUGAGACAAACUAUUUCCCGUAAAAGAGAAGAAGCUAUUGCAAAACGUAAGCUUAAACUUGAACAAUCUAUGAACCAACCAUCCGAGGAAAAUGCUUCAAACUUUACUAAUGAUGGAGCACAUGAAGAUUUAGAAAUUAUUCAUGGUGAUGACUUAGUUAUAGACACAGAAUAUUGAUAUGAAUUGUUCUUUUGACUUAUGACUUUUAUGAUUCACUAUUUUGUUUGUACAAUGUUAUUGAAGAUUAAUGAGCUUGAUGAUUUA